UAAAACAAGAAGAACAACUUGCUAGCUAUUUUAGCAAUCCAUGAUAAAUUAUAACAUUUUGGUAGCUGGAAAAUAUGAUUGUAGUUGAAUUUACACAUAUCCAUUGAUAUUUCUGAAUUCGCCACUGUUCGAACUUCAUAGCCAGAUAGAGAGAAAGUGGAAAGUCAACGUGCGGAUAUAAAUUAGUUACUCUACACUGUAGAUAGCUUAGCCACAGUGCUAACUGAUAGCAGACAGCAAUAACAAAGAUACUGGUAGUCCGGGUCAGUGUGUGCAAACGCAGCUGUCACACCUCGGCGACGACACAACAUUUGUAGCUAAAACGUACAUCAAGUUGUGACUCAGUUUCAUUAGAAAAUAACUGGCUAAAGAGAAGAACGCAAUGGGAAUCCAUAAAUGCAUUGUUAGAGGAUGCGCCAAUCAAUCGGACGCAAUUAUUCAUUACAGUUUACCAGAGGAACCCCGGAGACGCCAACGGUGGCUACAGUUUAUCAAUGGAAGCAACCCGGGAGAGCAAAUUCCAGAUGUUUCCCGUUUAUGUGGCGACCACUUUGCAGAAGAGUGCUUCACAAAACUUGAUCUCGGUUUCACCACGAGGUUAAUAUUACAUCUUGACGCAAUCCCAUCGAUUUAUUCCUCUGAUAAAACAUCGGCUUAUCGGAAACACACGGUGUACACUGAGAGGGCGAAGGGGACUGGGAUGGUGGAAGGCAAAAUGGCCGGCAUCAAGGAGGAGCCAGUGGACAGGGAGUUGGAUUCGCAGGUGAAUCGUUGGAACAAUUUGUUGGGUUCACUCAGCAAGUCGUUUAGUUCAAUCAAAGAGGAAGAUGUUGGGGAGGAUGAGAGCAUUGCAGAGAGCUAUGACCAGAUUAGAGUGGUGAAAAUAGGAGACUCGCACACAGGAGAGAGGAAGGAUGAUGGAGGAGAGUAUGGGAUGGAAUACUCACACACUCACCCAUAUGAAGGAGAGGAUGGAGGCUAUGAUGCCAUGGUAACAGAGCUUCACAGGAAAGAGAAAAUGAAUGUGACGGUUCGUGAGGGGGAGGUGGAGGGAGUGUUUGUGAUAGAAAACUCAAACCCAGAGGAGGAGGAGGAAAGUAGAGAAUAUGUGGUAGGGGAGGAGGUAUGGCAGAUGGAGGAAUGGGGAGAGAGUAGGGCGGUAGAGAUGUGGGGGGAAAAGGGGAAACGGAGAAAGCUUCCGGGGCCGCAAUGGUGGAGAUAUGAGCAAGAGAGGAGGAAAACCCAGGAAGACGAAUGGAAGAUGAUUGCAGAGAAGGCGAGGAAGGAAGAGAGGGAGAGACAGAAAGGUCAGACUGUGGAGGGGAAAAAGAGGGUGGCAGGGUUCCGCUGCCCACAGUGCAGCAACACCUUCCAGUACCGAAGCGAGUUACUGGAGCAUAAAACCGUCUGCUGCACUAAUGCGAAAUACGCCUGUCCAGUGCCACUCUGCCCCCAAAUCUACCGAUGCAAGGCUUCCCUGAGGACUCACAUUUGCUUGCACCAUGUGAAGGAGGACAACAAGGAGGAAAAGGACUUGGAUGCUAUCCGGAAAACCAGAGGAGUCGGGGAGCAUCAGAAUAAAUACCAACCCAGCCAUAAGAAAUUCUUCUGCCCACUCUGCAAUACAUACUACAGAAACCAGAAAGUCCUCGACAAGCACUCUCGUAGUCACACCAGUCUCCACAAAGUGAUGUUGUGCUGCUCCUUCUGCUCUGUGGAGAUGCUGAAUAAAUGCACAAUGAAAAAGCACUACAAAACGGAACACCCAGGCAGGGUCCUGCGCUGUGAGAUGUGUGAAAGAAACUUCUCUUCGAUCGACUUCUUUCUAACACAUCAGGUUAGACACGUGGCCGUGACUCCUUACUACUGCUGUGAGUGUCACGUCUACCAGCUCACCCAGAGGGGCCUCACUGUCCACCUGAAAAACCACGUUCUCAGAUGCAACCAGAAGCAGCUAGACCAGCAGUCUGGGAACAUCAACAAACCUGACAAUACAGGGAAUCAUAGUACAGCCCCUCUGAAGAAAAGUCCCUCCCCUCUACCAAACAACCAUGCACAUCUACAAGAUAACCACGCCCAUCUACAAGAGAUCAAAGAAGAAUUUAUUACCAAAUAAAUAGAAUCUCAAUCUAGUUGUGUUUAACCCCUUCCCUUUGUCCCAUAACCACCCCCCUCCUCUGACAUGAAAAACUGACUUGGGAACUUUAUUAGUGAAUAUUUCUGUACAGGAGAAACCUGAGACUGGGAUCAAAUUAUCUAACUAAAGAACAGCUACUACUUGGUUGUUACAGUAAAUGAAUUCUGAAGCUGUUUGAUUUAUCGAUACAGAUGGAAUGGGAGAAAUGACUUUCAAGCUAACUGUCAUUUAGAGAGUUUAGGUUUGUAAAGAUGGGAUUCUUAUUGGUUUUCAGAUUGUAGCCCACUUGUACAGUAUUUGUCACAUUCACCGUGAAGGCCAUGCGUCUCCAACGCGUUGUAAGCCCUUUAUAAACCCCAUAAUAUCCUACAUGGUUUGUAUUUACCUGUCAUUCAUUAUAAAGAUAAUUCAGUUCAAUCUUUUCUAUUGUCCUUUUAUCAAUUUAGAUUUUAGAGAAUUGUCUUACACAACAUUAGAUGUAAGUAGUUUAACGUAAAAUGUGAUAGUCGCAAAUGUAAUGAAGUGUUUCUGAGUUAACAUUUGGGUUUGUAUUUGUUUGUAGAGUAUAUUAUUAGCUCGUACAUGAUCCUAGUGCCAACUCUAGUACAUUUCUAUUUAUGCCAGAUGUAUACAUUAGGAACUCUCUGGGCCAAUGGAAAGAAGAGAGAACUCUCUCUGGGCCAAUCGGAAGCCAAGUGAACUUUCUCUGCCCAAUAGAGAUUAGACCGGAACGCCACUGUAGCCCUGUCAUCCUGGAGCCUUUUGGUGUCGACUGGUUCCAUUACAGAACAUCUUUGGUGCAUUGUCCUCUAUGCUGUUGACUGUAUGUUGUCUGAAUAAAAAGCCUUUCUGUAGUA